CAAUAUAACCAUUCCAAGAACACAGGAGAGAAAAAAAAAAAGAGAGAGAGAGAAAUGGAAGUAGUUCAAGUGCUUCACAUGAAUGGAGGAGCUGGAGAUUUUAGCUAUGCUAACAACUCCCUUCUUCAGUCGAAGGCGAUAUCAAUUACAAUGCCAAUAGCAGAGGAAGCCAUUGACAAACUGUAUGGCUCAGCUCUCCCAACAACCUUCACCAUUGCUGACUUGGGUUGCUCUUCUGGGCCAAACACCUUCAUGGCAGUUUCCCAACUCAUUAAGGCAGUGGAAAACGCCCGUCGAAAGCUCUGCAAAGACCCAAUUGAAUAUCAAGUUUUCCUGAACGAUCUUCCGGGCAAUGACUUCAACACCAUCUUCAGGUCGCUGCCUGGUUUUCUCGAGAGUUUCAAGAUGGAGAUUGGGGGUGACGAUCUGGGGCCUUGUCUCUUCACUGGGGUGCCUGGUUCGUUCUAUGGGAGGCUUUUUCCGAGCCGAAGUGUGCAUUUUGUGCACUCUUCUUAUAGCCUCCAUUGGCUGUCUGAUGUUCCACGAGGGUUGGAGGAGAAUAAGAGAAACAUUUACAUGGCGGAGACGAGCCCAAAGAGUGUGGUGAGUGCUUACUAUAACCAAUUUCAAAAGGAUUUUUCGUUGUUUCUGAAAUGUCGUGCAGAAGAAUUGGUGGAGGGAGGUUGUAUGGUUUUGACACUUUUGGGAAGGAGAAGCCAAAAUCCCGCUAGUAAGGAGUGCUCUUACAUCUGGGAGCUCUUGGCUCUGGCUCUUGAUGACAUGGUCUCACAGGGAAAGAUAGAAGAGGAGAAAUUAGAGAGUUUCCACAUCCCAAAAUAUAUGCCUUCGCCCAAAGAAAUAAAGAUUGAAGUGGCAAAAGAAGGAUCCUUUGGGAUUGAUUGCAUUAAAGUUUCAGAAGUGGAUUGGAAUGUGUACAACAACAAUAAUCACUCCAACGAUGGGUCAAAGGGCAGUGGGUACAACGUAGCCAAGUGCAUGAGGGCAGUGGCCGAGCCAAUUCUCAUAUCUCAUUUUGGAGAACAUAUCAUCCAUGAAUUAUUCAUCAAAUAUAGAGAGAUCAUUGCGGAUCGUAUGGCAAAGGAGAAAACUCAAUUUGUCAAUGUUACUGUUUCUCUCGCUAAAUUAAAGUGAUAGGACAACAAUUCAUGUGGAUUAGGUCAGGUCGGGUCGAGUCGGGUGUCGUCUUUCUAUGUUUAAUCUUAUAUUUGUUAUAUGCGUGCUUGUUAAUUAUGUACCGAAUCAAUGAAAAUUAGUAAGAUGUCAUCUUCGUUUCUAGUUAACUUACUAAUGUGGGGGAGGAAAUAAGAAAAUAAAAAUACAACGUAUUAUUAAAGUCAGUAAAAA